UGCAUGUGGGCGCCGCUCUUGGCUGGGCUGGAGUGGCGGCCCCUGAGGGUAGUCUCCAGGCCAGACUUCCGUGAACCUGAGGGGAACAAGCACAAUGGUGGAGGCAGGUGAGCCUGGCAAGCUGUUCAUAGGAGGCCUGAGUGUGGAGACCAAUGAAAAGACUCUUGGAGCACUGUUUGGCAAAUUUGGACCCCUAACAGAAGAUGGGAAAACACUUAAAGUACAGCAAGCCAACACACCAUCUUUUCAAAGUCGUGGUAGACAGUGGUUACCAGUAACUUCCAGAAGCAGAGGAGGUGCAAGAAGCCUGCAAAGUGGAAGAGGAGCAGGUGGUGAAGGCAGAGAGCAUCCCUCCAGAGGAACACACUUGGAUGAAGGUGGCUAUGCUCUUUAUCUGAACCCAAGUUCUUCCAGAAGACACGGUCCACAUGGAAGGGGUCCACGUUCACGGAGUGGACACCUCCUUCCUCCAAAAUCUGCCACUUCUGCUUCAAGACGAAGAAGUCCAGGCAUGGGAAGACGAGCACCACGUGAGAGAGACAACAAAGGAGAUACUCCCUGCAAUGAGCCAAGGUAUUCGCAGAAAGGUGACUACAGGUUGUCCAGAGACAGUGCCUACCCUACAAAUUAUAGUUAUUCGCCCAGAGGUUAUCCGAGUUUCCCAGACACCAGGCAUGACCGGGACUAUGGGUAUAAGGGCUGCUGGGAUGAGCGUUUCCAUGGGAGAUACAGCAGUCGACAUGGCUAUGGUGGGGAUCCUGACAAAGCCACUUCUGACUGUGGAAAUGGAGGCUCUUACAGAAAUUCAUUUAAGCGUGAUGGUCGCUGGCAUGCAGCACCACCUCCAGGAAGGCCCAGACUGAUGUCCACUGGAAGCAGGAGCUACGAUGACCACUGUAGCAGCAGGCAGACUGAUUGCCAGAGAGGUUGUGAAAAUUACUUGAGCAGAGGGCGUGAUAGCUGGUGCAGGGGUUGUGGGCAUGGGGGCAAAUGUGACCCAGGGUUUUCACCUCCUGUGUGGCAGGAUGCACCCUUCCAUAGGGAAUGCUGUAGAAGCUCUAACAAGGGGGCUUUGCCCAUGGAUUCAUGGGGAAGCUGAUGUAAAACAGGUCCUUGAACACAUGUUGGAAGACAACAGUAGGUCCUGUACCAGGUUUCCUUCCCACAGAGAAAAACCAAGUGCCACUGCUGGGAUCCUUGGGUAAUAUUGCUAAAAGGAAAAUGUUGGUUUGGAGAAGACAAAGGAGGUGAAUGGGUGACACUUGUUUUGUUCGUGCUAAAGUGAUGAAAAGAAUGGAAUUUAAAUGUCCAGUAGCUAGCUUGUUCA